GCUCUCUCUCUCUAUGUGUGUGAGUGUGUGUGCGCUUACUCUUGUAUAUGUUCUCUGAUUUGUGAGUGUGCUGAUCUACUUCACAGUGGAGGUAAGAAAAGAUGGUGAUGUUCAAAGUUGCUCGAAUUAAGACGACACCGUACGAUGGCCAGAAACCCGGGACUUCUGGUCUCCGGAAGAAGGUGAAGGUAUUCGUGCAACCUAAUUACUUGCACAAUUUUGUUCAGUCAACAUUCAAUGCCCUUACAGAAGAAAAAGUCAGAGGUGCUACACUUGUUGUUUCUGGUGAUGGCCGCUACUUUUCAAAGGAUGCUAUCCAGAUCAUAAUUAAAAUGGCAGCUGCAAAUGGAGUGAGGCGUGUUUGGGUUGGUCAAAAUGGAUUGCUGUCCACUCCUGCUGUAUCAGCAGUCAUCCGUGAAAGAAUUGGGCAUGUUGGGUCUAAAGCAACUGGAUCAUUUAUAUUGACGGCAAGUCACAACCCUGGUGGUCCCCAUGAGGACUUUGGAAUUAAAUACAACAUGGAAAAUGGUGGACCUGCACCAGAAGCAAUUACUGAUAAGAUCUAUGAGAACACUACGACAAUAAAGGAGUACUUAAUUGCAGAAGGCCUACCAGAUGUUGAUAUCACCGCAAUAGGCAUAACAAACUUUGGUGGUCCAGAAGGGCAGUUUGAUGUUGAUGUUUUUGAUUCUGCUAGUGAUUACGUGAUAUUGAUGAAGUCAAUAUUUGAUUUCCACUCUAUUCAGAAGUUGAUUUCAUCAGAAAAAUUCACAUUCUGUUAUGAUGCACUUCAUGGAGUUGCUGGAGCUUAUGCUAAGCGUAUUUUUGUGGAAGAGCUUGGUGCAAAAGAAAGCUCUUUACUGAACUGCAUACCUAAGGAGGACUUUGGUGGAGGGCAUCCAGAUCCCAAUCUAACCUAUGCAAAGGAGUUAGUUGCACGGAUGGGAUUGGGUAAGUCAAAUGCUGAACAUGAGCCUCCAGAAUUUGGUGCUGCUGCUGAUGGUGAUGCAGAUCGUAACAUGAUCCUCGGUAAAAGGUUUUUCGUCACUCCAUCCGACUCUGUUGCUAUAAUUGCUGCAAAUGCUGUUCAAGCCAUACCUUACUUUUCUGCUGGUCUAAAGGGAGUUGCCAGGAGCAUGCCCACGUCAGCUGCUCUUGAUGUUGUGGCUAAACAUUUGAAUUUGAAAUUUUUUGAGGUGCCUACUGGGUGGAAAUUCUUUGGCAACUUGAUGGAUGCUGGAAUGUGCUCAAUUUGUGGCGAAGAAAGUUUUGGAACUGGCUCAGACCAUAUACGUGAGAAAGAUGGAAUCUGGGCUGUUUUGGCUUGGCUGUCUAUUCUUGCAUACAAAAAUAAGGACAACAUCAGUGGAGAGAAGCUUGUGACUGUUGAAGACAUUGUUCGACAGCAUUGGGCUACCUAUGGACGCCACUAUUAUACUAGAUAUGAUUACGAGAAUGUUGAUGCAGGUGCUGCAAAGGAACUAAUGGCAUAUCUGGUGAAGCUGCAAUCUUCCCUUAGUGAAGUUAAUCAGAAAGUGAAGGAAACAUCUUCUGCUGUGUCAAAAGUUAUCCAUGGUGAUGAAUUUGAAUACAAAGACCCUGUUGAUGGUUCCAUCUCAAAGCAUCAGGGUAUACGUUAUCUGUUUGAAGACGGGUCACGAUUGAUUUUCCGUCUUUCUGGAACUGGCUCGGAGGGUGCUACUAUCCGUCUGUAUAUUGAGCAAUAUGAGAAGGAUCCAUCUAAGACUGGGAGAGAUUCUCAAGAAGCACUGGCUCCUCUUGUGAAGGUUGCUCUCAAGUUAUCUAAAAUGGAGGAAUUUACCGGUCGAUCUGCUCCCACUGUUAUUACAUAGAUACAUGUGACAUUUACAUGUGUCACACCGAGGUUAAUAAGAAUAUAUUGUCUGCUUGUCGGGCCUGUGUUUUCGAAAAAUAAUAAACUCUAAUACGUGAUCCCUUUAGACGACGAUUUAUGCAGCCUAAAUAGGUUCAUGAGAGUACUGAGUACUCUUAUAAUGCUUGCUAAUGAAAGUUUCGUUGUUCAGAAUAACUUGUGUAUGAGUACUUAGCUGAUUAGUCUGUCACUUGUUCUAGCCUAUGUUUGAUUAUAUAUAAAUCCAUUUCUUUCUUGUUCCACCGGCUAGGAGUUUUUAUUUAUUCAUUCUGUAUGGAGACUGGGUUGGUGAAACAUCAAUUAGCCGAAUUCAUGUGCUAACGACGUUGAUCAAUCCAU